CCCUCGCAGCGCCCCGCUCGGAUGUCACGGCGCCCCGGCCGCUGCCCACCUCGGGGGGGGGUCGUGGAGGGGGCGGCAGGCGCAACCCCGGCUGCCUGAGGGAGCUCCCCGGCCGCCGCCAGUAAGCGAGCAGCAAAGCUGGAAAACUUGGCACUAAACUCUUUGUCUUUCCUGCCUGUAUCCAUGGAUUGUGGAUUUUGCAAGCUAUAUUCGUUGCAUUAAUGCAAGUACCUGCUUCAUGAGAUGACCUCGCUUCACUAAUAUCUGUGGUCUGUAUCAAGCUACAGUAUCACUGCUGUUGAUAUGAAGAUAACAGUCUGGAGAAGGGAAGUGGUGGAAUACUACCACCAAAUGCGUGAGCAAUGAGCAGUUUCAACUUGGUGCAGUGAUCAUCUCCUGGACUUUAACCCAUUAAGUCUUAAGGCCCGUGACAGAGGGUUAGACCAAACCGGUGGAGUCAUGCUUCACUCACCUGUAUCUUGCUGGCAGCCGUUCCUAGGUCUGGCUGUGCUGCUAGUCUUCAUGGGCCCCACCAUAGGCUGCCCAGCCCGCUGUGAAUGCUCGGCCCAGAACAAGUCCGUCAGCUGUCACCGGAGGCGCCUGAUGGCCAUUCCAGAGGGCAUUCCCAUUGAGACCAAAAUCUUGGACCUCAGCAAGAACCGACUGAAGAGCGUCAACCCUGAGGAGUUCACAUCAUACCCCUUGCUGGAGGAGAUUGACCUCAGUGACAAUAUAGUUGCCAAUGUGGAGCCUGGAGCCUUCAACAAUCUCUUCAAUUUGCGCUCCCUGAGGCUGAAAGGAAACCGUCUGAAGCUGGUUCCCCUUGGGGUGUUCACUGGGUUGUCAAACUUAACGAAACUUGAUAUAAGUGAAAACAAGAUUGUCAUUUUGCUGGACUACAUGUUCCAAGAUCUACAUAACCUAAAGUCCCUGGAGGUUGGGGACAAUGAUUUGGUCUAUAUAUCACACAGGGCUUUCAGUGGACUGCUUAGCCUGGAGCAGCUCACCCUGGAGAGAUGCAACCUCACAGCUGUACCAACAGAAGCUCUUUCCCACCUUCACAACCUCAUCAGUCUGCAUCUGAAACAGCUCAACAUCAAUGCUUUGCCUGCAUAUGCCUUCAAAAGAUUGUUUCGCCUGAAAGACCUGGAGAUAGACUCCUGGCCCCUCCUGGACAUGCUGCCUGCCAACAGCCUAUAUGGUCUCAACCUUACUUCUCUCUCCAUCACCAACACCAACCUGUCUGCAGUACCUUACUCUGCUUUUAAACAUCUGGUUUACCUGACACAUCUAAACCUCUCCUACAACCCUAUCAGCACCAUUGAAGCAGGCAUGCUCUCUGAUUUGGUACGCCUGCAGGAGCUCCACAUGGUGGGGGCCCAGUUACGUACCAUUGAACCACAUGCUUUCCAAGGGCUUCGAUUCUUACGUGUGCUUAAUGUGUCCCAAAACCUGCUAGAAACCCUAGAAGAGAAUGUAUUUCAUUCCCCCAAAGCCCUUGAGAUCCUCUGCAUUAACAACAAUCCUCUGGCCUGUGAUUGCCGUCUCCUUUGGAUUUUACAGAGGCAACCCACUUUACAGUUUGGAGGCCAAACACCGAUGUGUGCUGGCCCAGACAGUGUCAAGGAAAGGUCAUUCAAGGACUUUCACAGCACAGCUCUCUCCUUUUACUUCACCUGUAAGAAGCCCAAGAUACAAGACAAGAAGCUGCAGUACCUGGUAGUGGAGGAGGGGCAGACGGUGCAGCUGAUGUGCAAUGCUGAUGGGGAUCCGCAACCCACCAUAUCAUGGGUUACCCCACGUCGGAGGCUGAUCACAACUAAAUCAAAUGGAAGAGCCACUGUUCUGGGAGACGGCACACUGGAAAUUCGAUUUGCUCAAGACCAGGACACUGGAAUAUAUGUUUGUAUUGCAAGUAAUGCAGCUGGGAAUGAUACCUAUUCGGCCUCCCUUACGGUGAAGGGGUUUACUUCAGACCGUUUCCUUUAUGCCAACAGGACCCCUAUGUAUAUGACAGACUCCAACGACACCAGUUCCAAUGGAACUAAUGCGAACACUUUCUCUCUGGACCUUAAGACAAUAUUGGUGUCCACAGCUAUGGGCUGCUUCACAUUCCUCGGAGUGGUUUUAUUUUGUUUCCUACUUCUUUUUGUGUGGAGCAGAGGGAAAGGCAAACACAAAACCAGCAUUGACCUUGAAUAUGUCCCUCGCAAAAACAAUGGUGCUGUAGUUGAAGGGGAGGUUGCUGGACCACGAAGGUUCAACAUGAAAAUGAUUUGACGGUGUUCUGCUAGCAGUGCUUUUUCUGUGGCAUUAUAACCAAUUAAACCAGCCUGGCAUGUGGAAUUGCUGGGCAGAAGCAGCUUAAUGCAGCUGUCACUGUAUCAAAAGGUUACGUGGAAAUGGAAAGACUAUUUGUGGUUGUAUAGCAGAGCCUCCAGACCUUGAGGCAGAUAUGUCAGGGCCUUUCAUAGAACUGGUAAAUUGUACUAACUGUUUGCAUUGCAAAUAUUGGCAUUCUGGGGAUAUCAGCAAUGAACCGUUGGCUCAUGCUCAUGGACAAUUGUUCAACAUUUUCUACCACUACAAAAAGAAAAAGGAAAAAAAAAAAAAAAAGCCUACAGUGUAGGAUUUACAUACUUAAAGAAAAAGACACAUUUGUCUAAAGCAUACUCUACAGUGAAAUUUGUAUCUAUAGAUCUCAUUUGGUAAAGAGCCUUGCAUCAUACCUUCUAGUUGGUUCAACGCCACAAAAAUUGAUAGUGUUUUUUUGUGUGUGUGUUUUUUUUGUUUGUGUUUUGUUUUGUUUUGUUUUGUUUUGUUGUUUUUUUUUUUUUGUUUUUUUUUUUAAUAUACAUCUCUACUGUGUACAUUUUAAAGCAAUACAAAUGAGAGGUUGUGCUUUUAGAUAUCCACCAAUACUGACCCAAGUGUGAUGUCACCCUCCUUUUAACAACCAUCUAACCCAAAUUAGACUCUUGUAGUUACCAAUUAGAAAAACCAUAAAAUAUUUUUCUCCUCAUUUAGAAGGCCAGAGAUGAAUAGUUGAGAGCAAAAAUACUCAGCUCUGUUGAUCUUCUCUUCAUAUAAAUAUAAGGCAUGUGCCUAGUUUUGAUACAGAGUGGAAUAUUUUUUAUAUCUGUGAUAUCACACUGGACCAGUUUACUGUAAUGUAGCCCUGGAUCGCACCCAGGGAAGGCAACCCACUAGAUAUUGCUGGCAUAGAAGAGCUGAGUUCUACCUUGAUGAGAUGGAGCUGUUUUUGUUAGCCUUGUUUUUAAUUUCUAAGCUACUGUUAAAAUGUUAAUGUGUAUGGGGCAAAAAGAAAGAAAGUAAUGUAUUCUUCAUACUCGUUGAGAAAUAUGAUCUUACUGUUUGCAGGAGUAAAUUAAAACAUACAAAAGCUUUGCUGCUAGGAAUGAACUCUUCUCCAAUGCCAGUAAACUAGGGUUGUCCAUGCAUAAUAUGGGGAUUAUAAUACUAAAAUAAUGUUUAAAACAUGAUAGCCUCAAAAAGGCUAACAUACUGCCAGAUAUAAUGAACCUCUAGCCACUGUCAUUCUCAUCUUGUAUAUUUGUAGAUAACAUAAACGCAAAGCUAAUUUCCAAGAACAGAUUACUUAGCUAUUCUUGAUGCCAUUUUAAUAACUAUGUGGUUACGUUUCUUUCAGGGGCAGUAUAUUCGAACAAGAGGUGCAAGUUUUUCCAGGUUUUAGAAAGAUUUUUUAAUGGGGAGAAGAUGAAAGUGGAGUGUUAGUUCAGUACAAGUAUUUUUUUUAUUUGUUUUAUGCCUCUAAACAAAUCCUCAAAAGGCUCAGAACUGAAACUUUAUUCUUUAUUGUUGAUUCCACUGUUCUUAAUUUGAAGCUCUCAGCAAUGGGAAGAUACGGAGUUGUUCAUCAACCCCUCAAUUUUCUAGCAAUUAUGAGCCAUAGGUUUGUUGCUAAGUGGUUGAUAUCAAAUAUGAUUUAUAAACAAUUGGAAUUAACUGGAGUAAGGAUAAUAAUGACUAUGUACAUGUUUAGCCAAAAAGGAUAUGAAACUGUUGUAAGACAGAACAUUCAGCUUAAUGUGAUUUAAGAGCCUGUGUCCAAUCUUAAAAUUAAAUUUCAGCACUCUGAAACCAAAGUCAGGCUGGCCUGUAAUGGGAUGCUGGUGCUUCUAAAAACUUCUACCCACAUUAUUUGGCAGAGAUUUUCUAAGCAGGUUAAAAAUCUUACACCGCUAUCAAGGGAAAUGUGCCAGAAGUCAUACAAUCCAGCUGUGCUCCCCAGGUAUAUCCCUAAUAUAGCUGUAGGACCCAGGGCCAAGGCAGUUUUGAGAAUCUCUGUUCUUAGUGGCUGAUCUUUGGUUGCAUUGGUUGCUCCAUUUUAGGUCACCCAAUAGAGAAGGAUGUGAGGGUUGUUAGAAUUUUCUUCACUUUAGCUGGUUUUAAGUUGAGCUUCAUUUUGUUGAUUUCUUUUUUUGUGUGUGUGUUCUGAACUAGACAGCUGGAGACUUAUGGAGAUGCUGGAGACUUAUGGAGAUGCUUGAGAUUAAUCCUCUUUGUUCUAUGAAAGUUUGUGAAAUGUUAACAGGAUUGAAUAACCCCUGACUAAACAAUAACACCAGGGAAAUUGUUUUUGCUGAUAAAAUAACCACCGCACUGAAGCCCAAAACUCUACUGUACCUUAAUGUGGGCAGUUAAAGAAACAAAUGGGGAUAAAACAAAGUGUUUCUGAACUGCCCAUUAAAGAUAUUUGCAUGUGCCUUUCCCUUGUAAUUGUUAUUUUUCAAUUAGUAAUCUAUUACCCCUGCAGUCAUUUCAUGUUAAAUGUUAAAAUCAAUGUUAAAAGCAAAAAUUCUCCUCAAUUCUAGACAGUUGCAGCGGAUUGCUUCAUAUUAAAUGUCAAAAAAAAAAAAAAUCUUAAAAAAAUCUAGGAAAAAUUGCUUUUAGGGUUAAUUAUGAAUGGCUGAAUUCCCCUCUUUACUUAGAAUGGUUCUAAAAAGUGAUUGCAUUGUUAGUGUACUGCAAGGAUUUCUGAGCAGUAAUGUGCUUAGUUACCUAAGUAAAAUAUGUCCUGGUGAUGAAAAUUACUGCUUGCUUUUGCAGAGCACCACCUUAUGGAGCUGUCAGCAUUGUGUGUAUUGCCCGGAGUUCAGUCAAUACUCAGUUUUUAACAAUCAGUGUUUGCUCCCUGCCUUUAGCUAUGUUCUACUUUUUGCAGCCUACUUAUUUCACCAUGGACUUGGCAAGGCAUAUGGCAUCUCUUAACAGAAAUAAGGAGAGCAAGACUCAGAGGCAGGCUUUUAUCUUGCUCCCCACAGUCUUGCUCCCCAGAUGUGUAUUCCUGGGACACGCACUCACUGCAGGGUAAAUAGGAGUGCAGUGCCAGGGUCAGACCUAGACAACCACCAUUUGGGCAGUUCUUUGUUGGCUGGUUGUCUUUUUAAGAAUAAAGGUAUUGUAGCUGACUGCAUGCCUACUCUGCCUCUAAUGUGUUCCAAAUCACUUCUCCAUCAGUUCUAGAGAUCAAGGAAACUGCAGUUUACUGCAAGUGAGUUGAAGCAUAUCAGAGGAAAAGAAAGAUGAGACAUCUGCCACACACAGCUCCCCUGUCAUUUACUCAAAUGCAGGUGGACAGUGCGUAUCUGCCAUUGCAUUAGAGAACGAAGUGGUUUUCUCCUCUUUUGACUUGUACACUGGCUGCUCCUUCAUGCUGGCACAAGGCCAAACCAGGCCUUUCCUUCUGGUCAGCACAACAAGCCUCUGCAGAGCAGCAGUAGUUCUGCAGAAAGGGAGAAAACAGAGAAGGAUGAAACCAGCAGAGCCACAUGAGAAAGCAAGUAUACCAUUAUCUUUUUCAACAGUUCUUGUAAGUUCUGUGCUACCAUAAUAAAGUUCUCACUAAUAUAUUUUGAACUCCACUUACACAGACCAAUGCUUCGUUCUCUUCCUUGUUUAUAAUGAAUGGAUCCUUACCCUUACCCUUCCCAAGAGUGAGUUAAAGAGGACACUGCAAGCAGUGUCUCAAAAAAAGAGUUUGCAAUGAUAAAAGGGUGAUGAUGAAUAACCAGCACCCCAUCUCAGCCAUAUGUCUAGAUUUGGGGCUGCUUCUCUCUUUUUUUCUUUUUUCCUUCUUCUUUUUUGUUAACUUGGGAAUAUUCUUUUCAGAAAGGCUUAGCUUGUGAUAUCACCUCCAUUAGAUUCAGACUGGGGAGGCUGCUUUUGCAUUCUGCUCCCCACUCCUUCACCGUUCAUACACACUGCCAGUGUCAACAGGGUCAACAGCUCCACACGCGACAGAAAUCAGACAGGAGACACUGAGACCCUGGAGAACUGUUGAUGUGACCUGAUGUCAAUAGGCAUUUAUUUAAUUAAACACUCUUUAAGACAAUUCCAAAGUUGAUGUCAUUCAUACUGCCAUUCAAUGUUUCUUUUAUUUACAUGAAUGGUAUGUGUUGGUUUUUUUUCCUUAUUUCUUGCAGCAUGGUAUUACAUCACCUAUGAUGGUAAUAAUGAUAUCAUGAAGGAAAUUUAGAAAGCCAAAUUGUGGACUCAGCAUCAUAAAUGUAGUUGAGGUAUAUGAGACACAGUAAGAAGUCAGCGUUAAUAUUUAAUGCAAAGUCAUAUCUAACUCUUGUGAUUGAAGAAGAAAGUGGUAUAGAGGAAAUUUGGAAUGUAGGCCAUGUUGCAAAUAAAAUACAUCAAAGACAUGUAGAAACACACUUUUCUACACCAUGCCUAAACAUCUGCUUUAGACAUUGUUAGACAUUGGUCUUUUCCAUAAAAAUAAAAAAUAAAUAAAUAAAUAAAUAAAUAAAAACUUCAAGAUGCAGGAAUGCCAGAAGCCCACAUUUAACCCUUAGAAAGAUGAAAGAUUGGUUGAAAAUCUAGUAGAACAAUGAGCUUCUGGCUGCCCGGCAGCAGCAGUAGCUUCUAGCAAAGCGAGCUAAGAAACUGCAGUCAGUCAUUUGUGUAACAUUUUUGUCACAUUUUUGCACCAUCCUGUGAAAAAGGGGUCCAUUAGUCAGUAUUGAAAGGGCCAAUCCUUAUUCAUUUUUCUUCAGAAAGGGAAACAUUUGUGUAAAUAGGUGACUGUCAGUUCCAUCUCCUUCCCCACCUGUAAAACACACAGCAAGAAGUGAGGAAGGGGAGGCUUAUUCUGGCAUGGUUGGGUAAUCAUCUUUUUCCGCUAAGCGAUCCCAGUUUACCUGGGACUAACAUGUUGACUGUGUUCUCUCCAUUCCCAUCCUCUCAGUUCACAAUGCAGGUUGAUAUGGAGUUGCAGGGAAAAGAAUGCAUGGACAAGCUGUCCCUCCUCCCUCAGCUCUAGCUCUGGUCUUCUCAAAUCCAAGAACCAGCAUAGUCUCAGUAUCGUCGAAGUCGCAGUCCACUGCAGCUGAUCUGUAGGUUUUCCAUAAGGCAGUGUACAGACUAGCACUGGAUACAUGCUUUCUGACCUGGUAUCAGUGUCCCAAGUGUCUUCCCUUUGCGCUGAAAAGAUAUAGGAGAGAAUUAAAGAAGAACAAAAAAACUGUUUCAUACAGUAAUUUAAACAUUAAUUGUCCCUGGAGUUAAAGGAACAUCUUUGGAAGAGACAAAGGCCUGAUUGGUGUUAAAUCACUGAAUAAUGAAGGAGAUUUUUCAAGUUAGCUGAGCAGUUUGGAUACCCUAUUCCUAUCACCUGUAAUGAGAAUUAUAAACUCUAUUUUCAUUGGCAGCUUAGGAAAAUCACAGCUAGUUGGUUCAGUGAUACGUUACCUUUCUUUGUUUUCUAGCUCUGCCCUUCUUCCCUCUCAGUUGCAAAUGACAGUAAUCCCAAAUGAAGAUCUUUGGAUUCAGUUUAGUUUCACUGUAUGCUCCCAUGGUUUUUGGAAUCUAGAUCUCAAAAUACAAUCUUAAACCCUCUUCAAACCAAAAACAAUAAAAAAAAAAAAAAAAAGGAAGAAGCACAAGUAAGCCUCCUCCUGCUAUCGAAAGAAACAAGCGUCUGUGAAGUUCUUCUUAUUGCUACUGAGAUAGCUACAAGCCAAAAGCAAUCUGCAGGUUGAAUGAUUCUUAGUCUUUUUUUUUUUCUUCUUCUUCUUCUUUCUUUUUUUUCACUAGAAGCAGGUGGUUGGAUAUAAGGCCAGCUGAAAAUAGAAUUCUUUACAUAUAGCCUCAGCAGAAUGAGAAAAGAGCUGGCAUAGGCAAGCAAAUUGUUAUUUUAACUUAAAGUUAAGGAUACUUUAUCAUUCAUAUUCAAACAGCUCAUAUAAGAAUACAAAAGAGCAGACUUUUACCUCAUAACUUGAUUAUUCUUAUUUAUUCAAACUGGCACCAAAAUUGUCAUGAAGCAGAAGUGUUGGAACAAAAGACUAAAAACAGAUUUUCUACUGUAAUGAGUCAGUAUAAAUCAGGAGAAAUACCCUUGACACUCUUUCUGUUACUCCUUGGUUAUACAAGAAAUUUGAUAUAGGAAUAUAGUUUUUUGUUUGUUUGUUUGUUUUCUACUAAGGGACUAUAGUGGAAAAUAAGCAGAAGUUUUAAUUAUUUCUCACCUUGUGGCAUACCUUCUGUGCUGGAUUGCUGGAUUGCUAUUUGUCACUGUUAACUGAGCUGGAGAAUUUAAAAAUACAGAUUCUGGGAAGAAAAGAAAACAAGCAAAAGAAAAAGAAAGUCUGCUGACUUCUAUGUGUGGUAUUUGCAAGUCAACAACGCUAUCUCCUCAUAUACAAUCCAAGAACAACGAGUUGAAAUUUCAAGGCAGCUGUGAAGAUGGCUGUCAACUUGUACACAUGUUAAUAAUUUUGAUUUUCCAGAAAACAAAAUGUUAUUGCUUCUGAAAUAACUCAUUUAUGCCAGUUUGAUCCCUAAAAACAAAUGACACUUUGUCUUCAUAACACUGGGCACUGUAUAAAUAGGUAGUAAAUGACAACACUGAUCUGGUGAGCUUACAGACUUAUAGUAGGAAGAUGGCUUAUGGGCAAGUACAUAUGAUAGCAAGUCUCAUUCUUCGGGGAGGGAAUGCCAUAGUUCAUAACUAUUAGAGUAUCAUCACAGUUACUGAAUCUAUUUGCAAGCACAUGUAGUUCAUAUGUAUAUGUUUGUGUGUGGAAAAAAAAAAAAGUUAUAUUUGUUUUGUUCUUUUUCUUACUUCAAGUAUUAAAUGUAUAUUGUUUUUAAAAAGUGACAAGGUUAACCAGAAAAAAAAUGUGUUGUAAUUUAUUUUAAUAUAUAUGAUCAUGAUUAUGGAUGGGAAAUGAACUAGCGCUGCUGUUAUGAUUCAUGAAGCACACGGCAAGUCGGGUUUGUCCAUUAAGUCCGCUUCAUGUUUGAGCAAAAUAUGGUAAUAUUAAUGAAAAAAAGAAAAAAAAAAAAAAAAAAAAAAAGUUGUUUGUCAAGACGGUUGUCCUGAAUGUCAUUUUAAAAUUUACUUUAGGGCUUAUGUCAUGAUGUGUAUCAUACUUAUCCAAAAUGAAACCCAAAUAAAUAAUUCCAUGGAAUGGCAGCAUUUACUGGGAGAAGUGAAGAAAAUUUACACUGCUUCCCUUAAUGUAGCUGGUCAUUUUUUUGUUUUUUUUUUUUGUUUUUUUGUUUUUUUUUUUCAAGGGGUAGGGAUGAAACUAAGCUGAGAAAAAUGCAGUUUUCUCAGCACCAGUCCCAACAUCCUUGGUGUCAAGUCUUCAUGACAGGUAAUACACUCAAACCAAUCAUUCCUGAACUGAAAAUAUAAGCCAUUACAGUCAGGAAGAGAAUACUCUAGGCAUUUCUCAUGUGCUGACUUACACUCCUCCAUCAUGGCAUUGAGCUCUCAGAAACAGAGAAAAUCCUAGGUCAUAUUCAGAAUGCUCUGGGAUUUAUUCUCCAGGCAAAAUAUCAGACAGUCUGUUCCUUCACCCUCCCUUGCACAGCAUAUGCAGAUAAUUGGUGGAGAUACUGGUCAGCCUAAUGUCAGAAGGAAAAUGCCUGCCACAUCCCAAUACCCUGGAGAUAGAUUUCACCAAGUGUCUAUCACUAUUUUUUUUUUUUUUUUUUUUUUUAAUGAAGGUAACCAAUACUGAAAGUCUACUUCUAAAACAUGUUUUCUAAGGAAAACACCAGUACAGGAUUCAAACUUCUCUAUAACCGCACCACAGAAAUUAAGUGGUGAAAGAUAGAAGCUGAGUUUGAAAGCUAUUCCCAGCCUGAGGCCUGCCAUGACCCAUCAAAUCAACGGCAGAGAUCAGCUUUGAAGGACACAGGCCAUAACUGGCCUGUGCUACUGAUGCUACUCUCAUUCUCAGCUAGCUGCUUUCACCAACAGAGGAUUUUGCUUAUGUUUUCUGGGAUAAUCUGAAAUAAGAUUUAUCAAUCCUGAACCCAUUAUCCUCUAAACCAGGGUCUUGUUCACUAGGAGGGGGAAACAGAGUUGGUUUUGCUACCUCAGAAAAGGAACAUGCAGGCUGAAAUCUGGAUGGAUUGCUGGGAGCAGAGACAGACAGAAACUGAAUGUGAGCUCUCCCAAACCUCUUGCAAUCUGUUGUAUCCUUUUGCAUUUGACACCCUCGAAAGGUUUUGGCUGACUUGCAUCACUGCACCCUCCUCCACAGUAGACUAUCAAAUGUCAAAUGUCAAAUUUUUGUGGGAGAAACUUAGAUCAUGUUAAGGAUCUGAAUGAUUUCAUGUUAUUUUCCUUCAGUCUGAUCACCUGAUUUACAGUCUGCAGUGUGCUGCAGUAGAGCCUUCAAUAUGACAUGAAAAAGAACCAUCACACUACUACUGCAUUAAGAACACCGAGUUUGCGAAGGACAGGCAAUGGUUCCUGGAAGGGUUCUUCUACACUAAGCUUUAUACUUCCUUUAUGCCAUUCAGGUUACUCUUUUGGACUACCUGAUACUAUCUCAAGAGGGGGAACUUGUUCCUAUAACACAGGGUUUAAUACACAGUUUCCAGUUCUUACAGUAAAAGAAACCAUGAGUCUUUUCCAGGAUAACCUGGUAAAGAAAAACCCUGUCACAUCAGGCAAUCGCUGACAAAUUCAUUGAAAUCAUCCCCAUUCAAGCUGGGGUCUGAACAGAAAGAUUUGUGCUGUCCUGUAAUAUCUUUUAAUUUCAGAAGAAAAAAAUAAAAUAAAAAAGUAGUAUCUAUAAUUAAUUCAUAACACACAAACAUAACUUCAGGUUUUCAAAAGCAUCCAAAAUUCUCUAGGGCACACUUGUUUUCAUAAAUUUCACAGAAUAUUUAAACUUUUACAGUUCUACUAUAAAAGAAUGAUAUCACAGUUAGUAGCCCUAUGUUGGAUACCAGGGUAACCUUUAAAUAAAUAAAUCUGAGCAUCCAAAGCUUAUUUUAAAAAAUGCCUAGCUCUAGAAUUUUUGUAUUUGAAAAGGGCAGGGGGAAAUGGGAGCAUCACACUAUCUACCAACUAAUAAACUCAAUACACAAAGAUGAAGUUAUUCAAACAUGGGGGAAGUGAAUUCCAGUGAAUUUUCUGCAUCAUAAAACUUUCUCAUAUGAAUCUGCAGAUGGUUGGCUAUAAAAAGGGCUUUAUCCAUCUCCUGUACUUUCUGGACUAGGGACUGGGGAGAGAGGGAAGAGGGUGGGGAAGGGGGAAGAAAGGCUGGAAGGCUGGUAACUCAUGCUGGAAAAGCACAAUUAAAUCUGAACUAGUGCAUUAAGAAACAUGGAGUUAUUGAAAAGGUCCUGACCUUACUACCCACAGCCUCGGCAGCAGGCAGGGAAAUUUGGUCUAAGUUCCUUCUUUUCUAGAGAGAGGAAAUUCCCAGGGAAAGCCUUAUUCUUUCUCUGUUCUUGGAAGGAUGUUUCAACUUUAGUAUUCAAAGGGAAAAGUAAUACAGUAAUAAGUUAGUGAAAUACGGGAUUGGACUGUAGAAAGAAAAAGAAAUUAAAACUAGUGUAAAAAAUCAGAUGACGUUGGUACUUAGCACCUUCCCUAAGUACCUGUAGAAUUAUGUGGGUUUGCAGAAGCUGAUUUAUUAAUUAAUACCUAGGGGAUACAUUCAGCUAGUUUAAGCUAUAAUCACCAGCUGGAAGAUCUUAUUUACCUCAUCAGUCCCUAAAGUGGAAGUUAUAUUUUUCUGAGCUAUUUUCCGAUAACUUUGCUAUUUAUAUAACUCAGAAGCACAAGUGAUGGAGAGCACACUUAUUUUAUUAGAGGAAGACAAUGAUAAUAAAUUUAAUCUAUUACUUUUGCUACGAGAACUGUUUGCUGUAUGUACAAAAACUAAUAGAUUACAUCCAUUAUAUAAAGUAUUGCUAUCACUGAAACCAAAUAACAUUUCCUCUUAAAAAGCUACUAACCUGCAGUGCAUCUGUGAGGUGUGUCAGUACUAUUGCACUGCAGAAAACACUCUUCUUUUACAGAGAAAAGGCAUAUCAUGCAGUGGGGUUACUGACACAAUAUAGCCCCCUGACUUACACAAAAGACUGCAUUCCAAUAGGCCUUAUGGAAUCUCAUUGUCUUGGCUUUAGUGAGUUCGGCAGGCUGUCACAUUUUGCUAAAGGAAAUCAGAUCAGCACUGCCUAAUGUGGAGAAGUCACAGCUGUUGGCUAGUAACAUGAGCAGAAGGCUAGAACUCAGCAUUUCUGAUCUGCAGUCAAAACCCCUCCUUUAUAAUCCUUCAGGAUUAUAAAGCUGAGGAAUUACAGUUCAGCCAUCCCUACAUGAGGAAUUAUAAUUUUUAACAUAGAUUGGUAUGUGAUAAUAGGCAUUGUUAUUAGACAAAGAAAUUUAUAUUUUUUUUAAAGAAAUGAAACAAUUGCUGCCCGAAGUGUUCCAGAAGAUGAUGGCACUGUGGUCACAGCAACAAUCUGCCCUAUAGUUGGCAUUUCCAACAGCUGUAAAAUAGAUGUUCCUGCAGAGGAGUGGCAGUAUAUGAAAUAAAACUGUCAGGAAAGAUGCACACCAACUAGAUUCUUGCCUUUUUUGCAAUUCAAUGGUAUAUUGCAUGAAAGGACCUCUUAAUGCCUCAUUUAAUUAGUGUUUUUGCAAUGCUUAAUAAACGAUUCAUCUCCUAACAAAUCUAUGAAGAUUUAUCUCUUUGCCUUUGAUUAUAGAUGAGAGAUGCUGAAAUGAAUGCAAACCACACAUCAUCAGGUUGUCAAGUGUAUCAACCCCAGCACUGAGCACUCAGACUACCAGUACAAAAACAUUACCAUUUGGUCCUUGUACAAGACUGACAAAAAUAGGUCCUAUAGUUUCUGUACUCUCUAAUCAAACCAUACUGAAAGAAACCUAGCAUUCCCAUAGGUUCCCCAGAUCUCUAACAGACAAAGUAACAAGUGUCUACUUUUCAAAUUUCUACUGCCAAUGUUUAUCGCAGGGAAUUUGAACUAACAUUCUGUUUGCUUUAUUUGCCACAAUGCUGAAUCAUGUCCAACCUCAACUUCAUCUUUUACUCAAGAUUGGUUUGCUUAUACAUAAUCCAAACACUUGCAGCUGCCCCAUUCCCAGCUUCUGCUUUAGGACUAAAGCCAGAAGAAUUUGCUAUGAAAGUCAGUGGAGCAUAUUUGAUAGUUAAUGGCCAGUUACUGCUUCACAUUCAGCAGUCACUGGGAACUGUAUUUGAAGUAUGGGCCUAUCUGGAACAAAAAUACCAUACUUGCCCUUGGGAAUGAGCUUAACCACCAUAUGUCCAUUCUGUCAUUCAAGACCAACAACAGCUGAAGACACUGGAAGGUGUGCAUUCAAGUCAAUGAGAGCUGAAGGGACUACCUGCUGAAUGAGCAUGUCAUCCUCAAGAACUGCAAACAGGCACCAGUGAGAGAUUAACUUGUCCUUUAUGUCUUAACAUACUGAAGCAGAAACUCCAACCAGUGCAAAUGGAAAGAAGGCAUAUAGAAAAAACAACAACAACAACAACAAACAAACAACAACAAAAAACUUUGCUCCAAUGGACUCACAGUAUGAGAAUGAAAUGUAUGAAAAAUGGAUGAGAUAUGCUUGUUGAUGAGAAAAUUAUUUUCUCACUAUGAUAGAGUGUUCCCUCCAGAUCCUGUCUUAACAUAAGGAUUUUCCUCUCUCCUUGUUCAAAAAAGGAAAGCUACAAACCACAUCAUUUAAUUACAACUACUUUCUUAAAAUGCAGUCUGUUCUGAUCAAAAGAUCAAACUUUUCUGGAUUUUCAACAACUAUUGUAAUUGUUUUUCAUAUCAAUUGAUUUUAAUUGUAACACUGUACUGCUACAGCCCUAUUGUCUGUGUCCUUCCAAAUUGUCAGUUACUUAAAUGAAAAAAUAAAAG